GAGAGCGGUAAACAGGUGGAGCUGAACACUGCUCUAAUUAGUUACAGAUGCAGUCACCUGCCACUCACCAGAGACAGAUGCCAGAAAGUUUCCACAGCUUUUUCUGCCCACACUCCGAAGACACUUGAGGAAUGGCUCAGACUCUGUGACUGGAUGUAAGCUCGGGGAAUUUACUGUACUGCUGGGGGCCGUGCAGAUAACAGCAGGAACCCAGCCUCAUCUUCAGCCUGAGGGGACUGGGGUUUUUAUGUGGCGAUUGUCCGAGCAAGCGAAUCAUGGCGAGCAUGGCGGUACAGCUCCUCGGCUUCUUCCUGGGGCUGUUGGGUUUGGUAGGAACUGUUGUCGCAACGGUGCUCCCCCACUGGCGCAGCACGGCCUACCUGGGCUCCAACAUCAUCACAGCCACCGCCUACAUGAAAGGCUUGUGGAUGGAGUGUGUGUGGCACAGUACGGGCAUCUACCAGUGUCAGGUGUACAGAUCUCUACUGGCACUGCCUCAAGACCUGCAGGCUGCCCGGGCGCUCAUGGUGCUCUCCUGCGUCACCUCAGUGCUGGCUUCUCUGGUGUCUGUGAUGGGGAUGAAGUGCACCCGCUUCGCCCGCCACUCAGUAAUCAAGUCCCCCCUGGUGCUGAGUGGGGGGGUUUGUUUCAUCUGUGCCGGCCUGCUCUGCCUGAUCACUGUGUCCUGGACCACCAACGAUGUCAUCUUGGACUUCUACGACCCCUUCAUCCCCAGCGGGAUGAAGUAUGAGAUCGGCCUGGCCGUGUACCUGGGCUUCGCCUCGGCCUUCCUCAGCCUGAGCGGGGGGAUGGUGCUCUGCUGGAGCAGCAGCCCUGACAGGUCACAGAGACCCCCCCGUAUGCAGAGGAGCCCUCCAUUAUCAGCUCCCCCCCCCUUCAACCCAAUCUAUCCUCCUGCUCCACCCUACAAGCCCCCCGAGGCCCUGAGGGACAAUCGUGCUCCUUCAUUUUGCUCCGCCUCCAGCAGUGGCUAUAGGCUCCAUAACUAUGUCUAAGACUGAAAUAAUAA